AUGGUGGAGGAGGAGGAGGAGGAGGAGGAGGAGGAGGAGGAGGAGGAGGAGGAGGAGGAGGAGGAGGAGCCGCCAGACCCUUUGACCCUUGCUCUCGCUGCGGCAACCUUGGUGACCACGCUGCCGAGGCUGCGCCGCCUGUGGCAGGUGGACGCAGAGCCUGGUCAAGCACUUGCCGAGGUGGUUCGCACGGGAGUGGGGGACACUGGCUUGGCUCGGCAAGUGGGCGAAACGCUUCUGGUGGGCUUUCCUGCAGCGCUGGCAGCCAAUGAUCUGGGCCAAACUGCAAUAACAUGGGCUGCUGACUACGGUCUUGUCGAGGUGUUGCAGCUGCUGCUUAGCCCGCUUGGUGAUGCCAGCUGGGGUCUUGGCAAGGUGGAGACAAACGGUUGGUAUCCACUGUUCCGUGCUGCCUGGAAUGGACGGGUGGCGUGCGCAAACCUUCUGCUGCAAGCAGCUGCAGACCCAGAAGGGUCUAGUGUUGGCAGAUACUCUCCGCUGAUGUCAGCGGCACGCUGGGGUCACUACGAGGUGGUUGAGUUGCUGCUGGCCGCCGCGGCCGAUCCCCUACGCUGCAACAGCUUUGGGGAGGAUGCGCGGCUUCUGGCAAAAGCGCAAGGGCAUGGUCGGGUGCUGCAGCUGAUGAGCCAUAAUGGCGCAGAGGAGCAUGAAGAAUGGCGAAUCUCCCAUCGCGCACGCCGAACUCUGGGUCAGGGAUGGUUCGCUCUUGGUCGCGAUUUCUACAUGUCGAGCGAGCCGGACGAGCCCGACGCAGCAUCUGGAUCUUGCUUGGGGAGAUGA